GUCUAUGAUCCAUUCCUGGUUGAUCUAGUUCCUCUGAAAAAUAUUCUUUAAAAUCAUAACAAAAAAAGUCGAUAUGAAGAGCGCUAAUAAAACUGUUUUAAUUACAGGGCCACCAGGAGUAGGUAAAACUACACUGGUCCAUAAAAUCUGCUCGGCUCUGCGAGAUAAAGGACACAUUCUUCAGGGAUUCUAUACAGAGGAAGUGCGUGGUGAGGGAAUCAGCCAAAGAAUCGGGUUCGAUGUGGUCACUUUGUCCGGAAAACGGGGAAUCCUAUCUCGUGAGAAUCCGGGAGACCAGCUGCGUCGCCCCAAAGUGGGAAAGUAUUCGGUGUUUGUGCAGGACUUUGAAAGUCUCGCUCUUCCACUACUUGGUACCCGGGAUUCCCAGCCAGAACCGGAGCUCCUGGUCGUUGAUGAAGUGGGCAAAAUGGAGCUGCUUAGCAAGCGGUUUGAGUCGGCCAUGGCUGAUCUUCUAAAGGAAAAGCGGGCCCUAUUGGUCACUAUACCCGAGAAAUCAGCGCUGGAUUUGGUGGAGCAGCUGAGAAAGUCUGCAGGAUCGAACAUCUACCAGGUGACCAGAUCCAAUAGGAACAUUUUGGCUGGAGAAAUUACAGAACAGAUCACAAAGUCACUUCUUUAACAAAAUA